GGCGGCUGGGGGUACGUGGUGCGGCGGCUGACGGGAGGUGAGGCGGCGAAGGAGAAAGGGGCAUGUGAUCUCCGCCCCAACCUCGCUGAUACAAUACUUGCCAAAGGUAUUCGGAAGGCUUGGACAUCCUUCAGUCAGGAGCUACAGUCCAGUUGAAGCAUGGACAGGUCUGGGUGAGUGAUCUAAUCACAUGGAUUACACAAUCUGGAUUGUGCCUCAAGUCACAGCCCAUCACAAUUCAAGCGGCGGCAUUAAAUGUCAGCAGAAUUUGUCAACCGUUAAGAUGUGAUCCGACACCCGAUACAGGGAUCUCUCGCCAUCUAUUCGCGCUGCACCAUGUUUCAGAAUGGCAUUCAAGGCCGAUCCGUCCCGACGUGAUCUCGGCACCAAACCAAACCAAACCAAAUGCAAUAACCAUAUAGUACUAGGAGAAAACAUAAACACCCGCGUCCUGGUCGGACGCAGCGGCCACAGCUCCACCACUUCCUCUUCGGCAUCUACUCAAGAACUGCAACGGUUUUUCUUAUACGAUAAAGAACUGCAAAGGCGAGCUCACUUCUUCUUCUUCCGCAAAGAAGAUGCCGACGUUGAGCAUAACGGUGGACAUGGGGUGCAGCCGCUGCAGCGCCAAGAUCGAGAGGGUCCUGUCCUCCAUCCAGGACCGAGGCAAGUUUGUCAUUGAGAAGGUCGUGUACGGGGAGGACAAGGUGCUCGUGUCGGGGCCCUUCGACGCCGACAAGCUGUCAUGCAAGCUCCGGUGCAAGGCCAGCAACGUCAUCAAGAACAUUGAGGUCGUCAAGCCCAAGGCCGACUCUCCCAAGCCCAAGAAGACAGACGAGAAGCCCGCCGAGACCAAGCCAACCCCGUGCAACCAGCUGGUGCCGUACGGGUACCCGUACCCGCUGCCGUACCCAUCGCCGUGCCCGUGUGGCUGCGCUACGCCGUACUGCGAGUGCCACUCCAAGCCACCACCUCCUCCCCCUCCUGCGCCGGCGCCCACGUGCCAGUGCCAUGCAUACCCGGCGUACCAGCAGCCGAUGCCCAUGCCGUGCACGCCAAUGGUCAUCUGCGAGGAGAACCCGCCCGCAUGCGCCGUCAUGUAACCACGUGUACGUCUACGAAGCCUCCAUGUAUCCAAUCCAUGAGUGAUUUGUAAUUAAUCCAUUCAAUAUUUCCUUAAGCUUCUUUGAGCAAUUAUGCUUUCGGCCGAAUAAGUGAGCGUUGUAUGUCAGGAAUACCCAAGCAGCCUCGAGUAAUUUUCACCUUGUUCGAAA